GUCUGCACCACAUCAGUUCUGGUCCAAGAUGGCCAAGCUCACCCUGCUGACCGGUCUGGUUCUCCUGCUGAACGCCCAGAUAGGCACUGCCUAUGUGCUGUCAUGUUACUUCACCAACUGGGCCCAGUACAGGCCUGGCCUGGGAAAGUUCAUGCCAGAUGACAUCGACCCCUGCCUGUGCGACCAUCUGAUCUACGCCUUUGCUGGGAUGAACAACAACGAGAUCACCACUUACGAAUGGAACGACGAGACCCUUUACAAAUCCUUCAACGGCCUGAAGAACCAGAACGGAAAACUGAAGACCCUCCUGGCGAUUGGAGGAUGGAAUUUCGGGACAGCCAAGUUCACCACAAUGGUGUCCACACCCGCAAACCGCCAGACCUUCAUCAAGUCCGUCAUCAAAUUCCUGCGCCAGUAUCAGUUUGAUGGGCUGGACCUUGACUGGGAAUACCCUGGGUCCAGGGGCAGCCCAGCCCAGGACAAGGCUCUCUUUACCGUCCUCGUUAAGGAACUGGUGGCAGCCUUUGAGCAGGAAGCCAAACAGUCCAACAAGCCCCGUCUCAUGGUCACCGCUGCUGUUGCUGGAGGUCGUUCCACCAUUGAGGCUGGCUACGAGAUUCCUGAGCUUGGAAAGUACCUGGACUACAUCCACGUGAUGACUUAUGACUUCCACGGCUCUUGGGAUGGAGUCACUGGUGAGAACAGCCCUCUGUACGAAGGCCCAGUUGACACCGGGGACCUCAUCUACUUCAAUGUCGAUUUUGCUAUGAACUACUGGAAGAACAAUGGCGCCCCAGCCGAGAAGCUCCUUGUUGGAUUUGCAACCUACGGACAUAACUACAUCCUCCAAAACCCAUCUAACACCGCUGUUGGGGCACCAGCAACUGGACCUGGGCCAGCUGGACCUUACACAAGGCAGGCUGGAUUCUUGGCUUACUACGAGAUCUGCACAUUCCUGGCCAAUGGAGCCACCCAGGCUUGGGAUGCCCCCCAGGACGUGCCCUACGCUUACAAAGGCAGCGAAUGGGUUGGCUAUGACAACAUCAAGAGCUACAACAUCAAGGUUGACUGGCUGAAGAAGAACAAAUUUGGAGGUGCUAUGGUUUGGGCCAUUGAUAUGGAUGACUUCACUGGCACUUUCUGCAAGGAAGGCAAAUAUCCCCUCAUCACCACCCUGAAGAACGGUCUGGGCCUGCAGAACAGUGACUGUGUGCCUCCAGCUCAUCCCAAUCCUCCCAUCACUGAAGCUCCUAGCCAAGGAGGUGGCAGUGGCAGCGGCGGCUCUGGUGGUGGCUCUGGUGGCAGCGGCUUCUGUGCUGGCAAGGCCAACGGCAUCUAUGCAGAUCCAACCAACAAGAGCAACUUCUACAACUGCAUUAAUGGGGAAACCUUCAUGCAGACCUGCCAGGCCGGCCUCGUCUUCGACGCCAGCUGCUCCUGCUGCAACUGGCCAUGAAGAUACCGGUCCCAUUGCUCCCAGCAACCCCUCUGAUCUAUUCGCACAACAUAAGAAUGAUUAAAUAAAGUAUUCCUCAAAAGCAACAA